AUUGGAUUUUAUUUCCCUCGGAUCCGCCGUCGGCCACACAAGCCGGACAGUUGGUAAUCUUACUUCAAAUAUUCCAGACAAGACAGCUGUUAUAAUGCCGUCAGGUGUCUAUGAUCACAAUGAUGGACCCUGCAAGACUAUGGAUUACUCUAUACCUGCAUUUAGACCGCCGUCAAUGACUUGACCACGACUUGUCGUACCCUCUUACCAAGUAACCCCUUUGGAAUGGGGUUGCACAGCGCUCUUGCAGGGUCACAAUCAAUAUUGUCCCUAUAAAUCUGAAUACCUGCAUCUCCUGUGCAUAACACAUUACUUACCCGCCAUUUUCUUCGAUACCGACUAUGGCACAGGACGAAUUCCGCAAUGAGGUUACCACGGACGAGAAGUUAGACGUUCUGGAAGAGCUGGGACCCAGACAGUUUCCUGACUGCCCAACACUGUGUUCAGAUUCUGGCCCUCCGGAUGGCGGGCGUCAAGCAUGGGCAACUGCUUUUGGAUCUUUUUUGAUACAAUUUUGUGGCUACGGAUACUUAAACUCUUUUGGAGUCUACCAAGAUUUUUACACACGAAUUUAUCUAACCAACCAACCACCGUCUACAAUAUCCGUUAGAUGGAUUGGCGCAUUGGGCUUCUUCCUAACCGCCAGUGGCACCUUGAUCUCUGGUCGACUAUACGACAAUGGGUGGUUCUACCAUUUGGUGAUCGUGGGCUCGUUGCUCCAAUCUCUGUCCCUGUUUGCGUUAUCCUUCGCUAAGCCUGAUCAAUUCUACAUGAUCUUUAUAUUUCAAGGUGUCCUUACCGGGCUGGGGGUGGGUCUAACAUUUGGUCCCUCCAUGGCGGUCAUCUCUCAGCACUUCUCGAAAAGACGCACGUUGGUAAUGGCUCUUGUCGCGGCCGGUUCACCACUGGGUGGCAUUAAUCAUUCGAUCAUGCUGAAUCACCUUUUGAAUGGUACUGUUGGCUUUGCGGGAGGUGCCCGUGCCAGUGCAGGUUUGGUUAGUGCCCUGUUAUUGAUCGCCUGCUUGUCCAUGCGUACGAGAGCACUGCCGACACCAACUAUCAGUUUUAGUAAAGUGGCACAAAAAUGCUCUCGUGAUGUCCCCUUCAUCCUCAUGACCGCUGGUACCACACUAUCUCAGAUCGGGUUUUUCUUCCCUACAUACUACUUACAACUGGACUCUAUCAAACAUGGGAUCGACGUACAAUUCUCGUUCUACUUGAUUGCGAUCUUGAACGCUGCCAAUGCCGUUGGACGUUGCACAGCAGGAAUAAUUGCAGUGUACACAGGAUUGUUGAACUUGACAAUCGCAUCUGUUACUGCAUGCGGCGUCAUCAUCUUGUCUAUGAUAGCUCUGAAUAACAUAUUCGGUGCGGUUGGGAUAGGCAUUGCAUAUGGCUACGUUGCUGGAACUUACAUCUCGCUGUUGGUCCCACUGGUGGCUAUCUUGACGCCCGACUUGUCGGAGCUAGGGGCACGGAUGGGCAUAUGUUUUACUUUUACCGCAUUUGGUGCAUUACUCAGUGGCCCGAUAGCAGGCGCUUUACUUUCACCUCAAUAUAGGUGGUUGAUACCGUCGCUCUUCAGUGGGCCGGAGCUCCUGAAUGCAAGCGCCAACAGUUUCGGUAAUCUGAUGGAGUGGGAAGACCUGCCAGCGGCCAUGGCACUUUCUCGCGUUGUUCCGCCCCUGGGUGCCAGAUUCGGCGGAGCUACGCAUACCGCUUCACUCUUCUGCUCCGCUCACAGCCUUGCCUCGCGCUGUCAUAGCCCGAGGACGGACUUGAUGAGCGUCGGAGAAGAGCGUUUCAUCGAUUGA